AUGAGCUUACCACCUCUUGAUAUUUAUUCUCAAGAUUUUCAGUAUGUUAAAUACCUUAUUCAGAAGCAGCUCGAUGCGCCACGUCUUAAAAUUAUUGAAUGUUUAGAUGCAGCAUCGGUAAGUGCAGCAAAUUCUUUUGCAGAAUUCUGUGAAAGCUUGGAAGAUAAGAAUAUUGUUCAUGUUUUCAUGCCCCUUGAUUCAUUAAUGCAACCUUUAUCAGAUAUUGUUACGCGUGGUGUUAGAGUUAAUCCAAGAAAAGGAUUUAAACUCAAUGUUGACCGCAUUUUACUUCCAGACAGAGCAGCAGAAGAAAUAACUCUUAUUCAUUGUCUUGUUGCACUCGGAAUGCCACAAAAUUGGCAGCACGUUGCAGCAGAAUUACAAGAUUAUUCAUUCGAUACAUCAAUACCGACAGGUGACGCAAUUUUAGAUGGCUUCCAAUCAAUAUGCACGAAUCCAAAGCAACACGAAUACUAUAUUUUCAAUCCAAAUCAAAUUAGAACACUUCAUGUAAUCAAAAUCACUGGAGGAAAAGAUUUAGAGAAAGUUGCAGAGACAAGUUCACUUUGUGAUCUCUGCCACAAGCGUGAAGCCGAUGUUUACUGUGCUAACUGCAAAGUAAAGUUAUGUAAUCAAUGCGAUGAAGACGCUCAUGGCCACAAUCCUGUUCUACAAUCACACGAACGCAUACCAUACUCAGAUGCCAUUACAUCAAUGGAAUGUUGUCCAUUCCAUCCGAAGAAUCGCGUCGAACACAUUUGUCUUGAAUGCGGACUCCCUGUUUGCUUCCAAUGCAAGCUUGCAGGCAACCAUUCCCAAGGAGCAGCCGCAAAACACGAAUUAGUCCCUAUAAAAGACGCUUACCACCAAGCACUUUUGUAUUCAAAUGAAAACGAUAGAGAUUACAACCGUCGUCGUAGAUUGAUCAAAAGAAAGCUUGCUGAUGCAGACCAGCGCCUCAAAGACGUUGCCGAGAACACUAAAAACCUUGAGCAGACAAUUAUGAAACUCGCUCGAGAAGCCAUUGAAAAUUUGAAGCAAAAAGCCGGAGAAAAAGCUUUGAGAAUCAGAAGUAACCAAGUUGAAUUACAGCGCAAACUCGAUGAAUUAGAAGAGAACGCUGCAUUCAUAGAGACACACAGAGACUUGUCCAAUCCAGCUACGUUUAUUCAAGCACUUCAACAACAUCAAACAAUCACAAGAACAGAACUCAAAAAUGAUGAUGAUUUGCCAUCUGAUUUAUGGGUUCAAGGUGAUCUCGCUGUUGUUGGAUCAUUGGACAUCAAGCCAAGACAAUUAACUGAACUCCCUGAAGGAAUUAAAAAGAGAGAUUUGGAUUUCGAAGAGAAAAAUGUCCGUCAAACUGUUAAUUCAACAACAGAAACAUAUACAGAGACACAAUCAGCCACGGAAACAGCUCCUUCAUACACAGAAACUGUUCCUUCUUCAGCGAGACACGCUCACAGAGCAAGAUUGUCAACAAUGGCUGCAAGAAGAGCUAAAAAAGUUGGUUGGGAAUUGCCAUUUAAACCAUUUAAUAGUUCGUCAAUUUUGACAAAUGAUGAAGAAGCAAGGAAUCUCUAUUUGUGCCUUCCUUUCAAGACAACUCCUGAGCCACACAUCCUGUUCUCAACUGAGAGAGAUGGAAAGUCUAUUUCUAGAAUGCACCAGAGAAUAGAUAACAUCGGAGUAACAAUUGUUCUUAUUAAAAAUGGUGCUCAUGUUUUCGGAGGUUUCGCUGCAUCGAAAUGGAACAAAGAAGGAAAACCAUUUGGUGACGGAACUUCUACUUUUGUUUUCUCACUAACACAUGACGCUUUCUUGCCAUUCAGAGCUAGAAGUGAAGAUGCUUGUUACCUCAAAGCUGACUACGACUACAUUUCUUUCGGAGGAAAAGACAUUUUCCUUUCGAAUGAUUUCGUUACUUGUUCGUCAGAAAUAGAGAACUCUUACACGGCUGGAUUCCCUGAGGGUUCGAAAGAGGCUAAGACAUACUUGGCAGGUGCGGAAAAAUUCAAGGCUGAUGUUGUUGAAGUUUGGGGUUUCUUCCAAAAAUAA